AGAGAAGUGAGGCCGCCGGGUCCACAGAGACAGGGACGGGCUCAGGUUUGGACCGUGCUGCGGGACACCUCACCGACUGGAUGUGCAAUAUGACUUUUGAAGAAACCGCUGGAGACAGCUCUACAGAAAGGAUGGACUCGGUGGCUCGGGCUCUGGAGGAGGUGCUGAGCUCUGCCUUGCCUCAGGGUUGCAUCACUGUGGGAGUGUAUGAGGCUGCAAAGGCUCUCAACGCGGACCCGGACAACGUGGUGCUGUGCCUGCUGGCUGCAGACCACGAAGAUGUGGCGCUGCAGAUCCACUUCACCUUGAUCCAAGCUUUCUGCUGCGAGAACGACAUCAACAUCCUGCGCGUGGGCAACAUGCGGCGCCUGGCGGAGAUCCUUGGCGGGGUGAAGCCCGGCGGGGAGCCCGUGGACCUGCACUGCGUCCUGGUCACUAACCCUCAGUCGGCGCUGUGGAAGGACCCCGCGCUGAGCAAAGUGAACCGGUUCUGCAGAGACAGCCGCUGUUUGGACCAGUGGGUUCCUGUCAUCAACCUCCCCGACCGGUGAAGCCUCCCUCCCUCGCUUGCUCAGGGAGCAUGGCUGUGUUGUGUACGCGUUCAGGGGGAAACUGCACCAGGGCCGGUGUUUAAUGUCUGUGUUGGACUUGUUUGAAGCGGCCUCCCUCCCUGCACCUCCCGCCACCCAGAGAGCAACGGGUACAUCGAGGAGGUGGUGGUGGUGGGGAGGUUAUUGAAGGAGGAAGAAAGAAACAAAAAAAAAACAAUCCAGCUAUGUUACCAAGUCACGGUGAAGUCAUGGGCCAAGGAAGAGUGACUCAGCAGUUCUGUGUUCCUGGAUUUCCACCACGCGACUGCCGAGAAAGAAACUGAACCAUGUGAGGCGACGAGCGCACGCAGCGGGGAUCACGUGUUCUGGAGAAAAGCAGCCGGAGAGCCGACGAUGCUCCGAGAACUGGACCUCACUGAAGUGGUCCGGUGGUGGCAAACCAUCAACUUCCUGUGAAAGUGCGACCAAAAUACAAGCAGCACAUUUAUCCAUCGUCACUUUGACAAACCGAAAAAAAGGGAACUUUUUCUCUACUUUUUUUAUUAUUAUUAUUAUUCCUCUUAUUAAUAUUAUUAUUUUAUGGUCAAUGCAAUGUUUGGACUUUUCCACUGAUGUUUUUACAUGUUUUAAUAAUUUAAGGAGUUUCUAUUUAUUGUGCGUAGUUCACUGGAGUUUGUUAAGGCGGGAUGAAAUAAACAAACAGCAGGUUCUCA